UGCAGAGCGCAGUUGUUCCCCAUCCAGUCCGGGCGCAGUGUUUGCAAACACCUUGAGCAGCGAGCGAGAGAAGAGAAGGAGAAGAAGAAGAAGCAGGAGGGAGACGAAUAAGUAGAAGCAGGAGAAGAAGAAGGGGGGAGGAGGACUGAACGGAGACACCGCUGCUGCCGAGAGAACGAGCGCUUCUUCGGGUUGUUGUGUUUUUUCUCCGCGUCGCAGGACACCGCUCUUCUUCCUCUCACUUGGCUGGCUUUUUUUCCCCCUUACCUGAGAGAGAAAAAAUAUAAGUGCAGCUAAAUAGAAUUUUUUUGUUUUGUUUUGUUGAAGAAAACAAAAACAAACAAACAAACAAAAAAGCUGUGGAAAAGAUGGAUGUCUUACCCAUGUGCAGCAUCUUUCAAGAACUUCAGAUAGUUCACGACACGGGCUAUUUCUCAGCCUUACCGUCUCUGGAGGAGUACUGGCAGCAGACAUGCUUGGAGCUGGAGCGCUAUCUUCAGAGCGAGCCUUACGUCUCCACAUCCGACCUCAAGUUCGACGGCCAGGAGGACCUCUGGAGCAAGUUGAUCCUCGCCUGCGGGGACAAGGCCAAGGCCGAGUCUGACCCAAAGUUGCCGGCGGCCCACGAGGAGGACAAUCAGGACAGCCAAAUCUUGGACACCAACAGUGUGAAUUCCGACGCCAGCAGCGAAGCUUCGGACAGUUCCGAGGAGCUCUCGCCCACGCACAGCUUUGCCUCCAACCCUCUGGGCUCCGUCUUGGUUGGCUCUGGACCUUUUAGCCCCUCCGUCAUUAGCACUCCGCCGUCCUCCCCGGAGGCCAACUCGACGAACGGCUGGGUCGCCGCGCACGCCGAGCUGCACUUGCCGGUGAAAAUCAGGAGCGGCGGGGUGGCAAAGAGCACGGAAAAGACAGGACUCAUGUGCGGGGACACGUCUCCGGACGGCAGGAGGCGGGUACACAGGUGUCACUUCAACGGCUGUCGCAAGGUUUACACAAAGAGCUCCCACCUAAAAGCACACCAACGCACUCAUACAGGUGAGAAACCAUACAGGUGUUCGUGGGAGGGCUGCGAGUGGCGUUUUGCACGAAGCGACGAGCUGACCAGACACUUCAGGAAGCACACAGGGGCAAAGCCAUUUAAAUGCAGUCACUGUGACAGAUGUUUCUCCAGGUCUGACCAUCUGGCUCUUCACAUGAAGAGGCACAUCUAGAGUGGCGGGGCGAGCGCCAACCAAGCAGCGCAGCGAAGGGGAAAGUUCUUAAAAGAAAAAAACUAAACAAAAACAAACGCAAACGUCUCCCGACACGGUCUCUCGGUUGAACUGUCCCAGAGCAGAGUGGCGGGAGUGUGUUCCAGCCAAAGCAUGCCGUUUUGCACCAUACUGAAAAAAAACCCAGUGCCUCCGGGACCUCUCUUUGGAGAAAGGCGCUCUGAAAGGUUGUCUGUUGCAACAAGAGGACAAAAUCAUGGAUGGGGAAAGAUUGAUCUUUUUGAUUGAGAAGGACUUACAACACACACACAGAAAAAAAGACAAAAAAAAAAGAUAAAAGACACAAACAAAAAGAGUGAAUGAUGUGUAUGUAUGGUGCAUGAUGUUUUGGGGACAUCUCCCGGACAGCAGAUACACUGGUACUUUAUGAAACUGUCUGAGGUGAGCAUGUGUGUGCACUGUGAAUGUCUGAGAUUGGUCGACCGCCCCCGCCCCCCCCCCCCGGAAGAGGGAAGAUUGUUUUUUUUCUUGAGAGACGGAUUGAUGGAUGAUGGGCGGAGCGGGGCUGGUGCCAAUGUUGCUGUGGACUGAAUGGGUUUCUGGGGGGAAACGUUUCCACUUGUGGUUCCCCUGCCACGUUGGCAGCGUGAGGACGGGGCAGGAUGGAAGGAAGUUUCCUGCCUGUCUUGUCUGGCACCCAGACUUGGGUGGGGGGGGUUGGGUUGGGGAUGAUUCUCCGAUGCUUUUGAGGCCUUGGGUCCAACCAGAGAAGCAGAAUGUGGAUGUCUUCUGGUCCCAGGGGUCAAGCCCCCUCCUUCCCCCCCCAUGGUCGCUGUAUGACAGGAGCUUUUUUUUUUUUUUGGUGUUUUUGGUGCAGCUACUAAAUGUGCAAUGUGUUAUGUAGCCUGGUUUAUUAUUUUUUUACAAGCUACAAAGCUCAUUUGUAGUCCAAUUGUAUAAGCUGUGUGCUUAGAGGUAUAACACAACUAUACUAUAACUUCAGUAUCAUAGACAGGUGUUGCAUGGUUUUAGGGAUUGUUCAUUUCAUGUUUCCACUGUAAUCAGGACUGCAAAAUAGUUUCAAUAAAAGUGCAGCUAAAAGUGCGAACGGUUAAAUGUUACAAUAUUGUACAUAAAGCCUUGAUGAUUUCGUCUUAUUUUUUACAAACUUCACCCCCCCCAUUCUGCUUCUCUCAUCUGGCUGGAGACUUCACCACCGCUCACUCAUUCUCUCACGCAUCCUUUUUUUGCCUUGAGGAAGUAACUGUUUGAGUUUUUGUACUUUCUUUUCUAUCUAAUAAUGCACUGUUGACCUUAAUGGUGCCUUAUGCAAGUGACUCGGCCCCUGUGGCAGCGGCGGGAAGUCACAUUCGUUGUAUGGGUGACUUUUGGCAAGCUUGAUCGGGGCUCAAUUGCGCGUUAACCCUCGCACCUCUUUCGUGUUCAUCCACUCCCGGCGGCCAGACGUGUUUGCGGACGACGUACCUUUCACUCUUUUUUGUUGUUGUGUUUUGAAUCGGAGCACGCGUUUAGUUGAUCUGAACAUGUAAAACAAGACAAAUUCUGUUUAGAGCACUUAAAAUUCAUUUUGUCAAAGAUGUUAACUACUGUGUAGUAUGCACUCGAGUUCAUCGCACACAGCCGUAAGGUACAAAAGCAACCAGACUAGGUAAACAAAAAAUGGGUUUUUAUGUAUAGUCCUCUCCUCCCUGUGCCACCCCCACCUCCAGCCUCCAUCCUCCUCCUCCUGUCUCUCCAUCCCUGCAAGUUGGGACCGACGAAAAAAAGCUAAAGAUUUAUUGUAAUUAACAGGCUGCAGUCGGACAGGCCUCGCCUUGUACUGCCUCUCAGUAAUGAAUUGCUAAAGGCUUUGUUGGCAUGGAAUCUGUCACAGACUGCUGACUGUGUAGGUUGGUUAUUGACCUGUCUGGGGGAGCGUUGUUUUAGCCAAGCUGCAACAGUAUUAUGAAAACCACAGGAGCGAGCGAGGCGGGGGGGCGGGGGGGCUCUCAGAGGAGAUACAGAUCAAGCGUUGACGAUGCACAUGGAAAUGCAAGUGGUGAAUCAGCGUCGGGUAGAGUUGUAUUGGGAGAUGGAUCCUCGCCAGAAAACAGGUGUAGGCCUCUCCCCACCGCCACCACCCCUUCCGGUGACCAUCGGGAACAUACCUAUUAGCGUUUUCGGUGGAUCGAGUGAACGGCGCCUCCCACUCCAGAUCAGCGACCUUUUGCUGUAGGAAUCCGAUGUUGCGGCACGUCGCACCGCUCCAACUUAUGGAUUUCAGAUGAGCAGGGUUGAAAGAGCCGGGAUGAGUACAAACUUGAAACUGCUUGCUGCAAUAGAUCCGGGGAGUGCUGGCAGUGCCUUUUGUGGGCAAAGCAAAAGGGAACAUCCAUUCUGUGAAAACGGCAGCCAAUACUGUUCAAGUGGUAAUUGAGCCUUGAUUAAGCCCCCCCCCCAUGUUUGCACGCAUCUUUUUACACUUCUCAUCAUCUCUUUCAUCUCACUACUCCAACUCUUCUGUCACACACACACUCACACACACAGCUCUUUGUUCUCAACUGAAUCUUUGUACAAAAAAAAAGGAAAAAAAAAAAAAAAACUUUUGUAAAAUUGUUAUGUUUAUGCUUUAUGAAAUUUUUAUUUGAAAUUGUUUUGCAAAAUUGUUAUAUUUCUGUAUGAAUGUAUUUUUUAUUGGAAUAAUAAGAAAUUCUUAUCUGA